UUGCUACAAGAUCCUAUUGCACCUACGAACUCCACCUGCCAACAUUAUGUCUGCAAAACUUGUAAAGGCAAGAAAAUGAUGAUGAAACCUUCAUGUAGCUGGUGCAAAGACUAUGAGCAGUUUGAAGAAAACAAACAGUUAAGCAUCCUAGUGAACUGCUACAAAAAACUGUGCGAAUAUAUAACACAGACUACAUUGGCACGGGAUAUAAUCGAAGCAGUCGACUGUUCUUCUGAUAUUUUGGCUUUGCUUAAUGAUGGAUCAUUGUUUUGUGAGGAGACAGAAAAACCCUCAGAUUCAUCAUUUACUUUGUGUUUGACACAUUCCCCUUUACCUUCAACCUCAGAACCCACGACUGAUCCUCAAGGUAGUUUAUCGCCAAUGUCUGAAAGCACCCUUAGCAUUGCUAUUGGCAGUUCUGUUAUCAAUGGUUUGCCUACUUAUAAUGGGCUUUCAAUAGAUAGAUUUGGUAUAAAUAUUCCUUCACCUGAACAUUCAAAUACAAUUGAUGUAUGUAACACUGUUGACGUAAAAACUGAGGAUCUGUCUGACAGCCUGCCACCUGUGUGUGACACAGUAGCCACUGACUUAUGCUCCACAGGCAUUGAUAUCUGCAGUUUCAGUGAAGAUAUGAAACCUGGUGACUCUCUGUUACUGAGUGUUGAGGAAGUACUUCGCAGCUUAGAAACUGUUUCAAAUACAGAGGUUUGUUGCCCAAAUUUGCCACCGAACUUGGAAGCUACUGUAUCCAAUGGACCUUUUCUGCAGCUUUCUUCCCAGUCUCUUAGCCAUAAUGUUUUUAUGUCUACCAGUCCUGCACUUCAUGGGUUAUCAUGUACAGCAGCAACUCCAAAGGUAGCAAAAUUGAAUAGAAAACGAUCCAGAUCAGAAAGUGACAGUGAGAAAGUUCAGCCACUUCCAAUUUCUACCAUUAUCCGAGGCCCAACCUUGGGGGCAUCUGCUCCUGUAACAGUGAAACGGGAGAGUAAAAUUUCUCUUCAGCCUAUAGCAACUGUUCCCAAUGGAGGCACGACACCCAAAAUCAGCAAAACUGUACUUUUGUCUACUAAAAGCAUGAAGAAGAGUCAUGAACAUGGAUCCAAGAAAUCUCAUUCUAAAACCAAGCCAGGUAUUCUAAAAAAAGACAAAGCAGUAAAGGAAAAGAUUCCUAGUCAUCAUUUUAUGCCAGGAAGUCCCACCAAGACUGUGUACAAAAAACCCCAGGAAAAGAAAGGGUGUAAAUGUGGGCGUGCUACUCAAAAUCCAAGUGUUCUUACAUGCCGAGGCCAACGCUGUCCUUGCUACUCUAACCGCAAAGCCUGCUUAGAUUGUAUAUGUCGUGGCUGCCAAAACUCCUAUAUGGCCAAUGGGGAGAAGAAGCUGGAGGCAUUUGCUGUGCCAGAAAAGGCCUUGGAGCAGACCAGGCUCACUUUGGGCAUUAAUGUGACUAGCAUUGCUGUGCGUAACGCUAGUACCAGCACCAGUGUAAUUAAUGUCACAGGGUCCCCAGUAACGACGUUUUUAGCUGCCAGUACACAUGAUGAUAAAAGUUUGGAUGAAGCUAUAGACAUGAGAUUCGACUGUUAAAUCAGUGGGUCUUUAAACCUACCUCUGGUAGGGAAAUAGCUACAGUUUUACGGCAGCUAUGGUUCUGUUGGUUUAACUUGCCGGAGCUCCUGCAUAUAGAUCACUUGUAUCAAGUGUUUUCAUUGCUAAGUUAUAUGUGUUAGUGUCGGGGAAAUAGUUUGCAGAUAAUGGAGGAGUAACCCUACAACUUUAUGUCCUUAGUUCUUACAGAACCUCAUAGUUUGAGAACAAAUGCUGAUGCAACUGAUUUAUACAAAAUGAACUUUGGCAAGGAAAAUAACAUUAACCUCAUUGUUUAUGGUCAUGCUUUGUGCAUAAUCAAAGUUUAUGAUUAAAUGUAAUGAAGUGGUAUCUAGUCGGUCCAUAAAGAGUACGCUAAUUUUUUGUGGAAAAGUAGCCAUUAGUUUGUUCAGGAGACUCAUUGCUGUCUUCAGAGGCCAUUGAUGUUUCUCCUGUUGAAAAGCUGAUGUGUCCUGCUCAACCUUUGUGCUGACACAAUACCAUUUCUGAUCAUGAAAAUUGGCUACUGGUGUAUGUAGCAGUUCUUUAAUCAGCAGUAUUAUGAAAGAAAAAUUAUCCCUCAUUAGAAUGUUUUAAGAAACCUGUAUUUUAAAAAAGUGAACAAACUGAAAUUCUGUCAGACUGCAAAUGUUUAGCUGUUUAUGCUACAAAACUGUGCUGAGUUGAGCCCCUUUUAAAAAGGGAAAGAAUUCUAAAUCCUUCCUUCACUUCGAGCAAUGUUCUAAUUGGAUAAAUGAAGUGGAGAAGAGCAGUUUUAUUCUGAAGGUAAUUGAAUUUAGACUACAUAGUAUGUGACAGAAUUAAAAAAAAAAUACAAAAAGAUUUUAUUUAGAAAUUGGGAUUUAUUCAAAAUAAUUUUGGAAUAAUGCCCCCAAACAUAUCCAGAUUUCUGCAUUAUACUUAUUGCCAUCGGCCACUUUGAUUUUUGUUUCUUCUAAUAGUUUAUUUGCCACAUAUGCUUUCUUUCUUUCUUUUUUUUUUUUUUUUUGGGUGCUAUUCAUUAUGAGGGCAUCUUUAUAGAGGCCUAAUAAAAAUGCCUUUUUAUGAAGCCUGUGCAUUUAGGUAGGUUUGAAGCUAGGAGGAUUUUCUUUAGAAAGCUCUUUUGCAUGUAAAGCACAAACUGUUUCAGUUUAAAUGAACUUCUUCCCUUUAACUUUUAUAGGGAAGACAAGUGAGCCAUAAACAUUCUGUUGAAGGGAAGUCUAGUCAGUUGCGUGAAAGAGCACAGCCCAAAUAAAAUAAGGACUGACUAGGUGUAAAGAAAUAACCUUAUGAUUUAAAAGAAGAGUUGCUGCUUUGACAGUGCUUAUUUAAAGAAAAAUACUGCUGGAAAAUUCCCAAUUUCUACUACGUUCACCAUCUCUAGUGAGAUCUGACGUAUGUUGAAGUUAUGUUUUGAUUUGGCACACAGCAUGGUCAAUGAUGGUUACUCGCCUAGUACAAGACAUGGAGAAGAAACCUUUGGACACAGAGCAGAUGACACCUCCUGUUUUAUAGUAUAUCCUGGUGUCAUUUUCUGUGAAUGUGGUCAGGUAGAGUUGUUUCUGUUGUUGUUUUUUUGUUUUUUUGGUUUUUUUUGGUCUCUUUUGGUGGGGUGGGGGUGGGCUAAAGCCAUAGGAAGAAAAAUGUGAUGUAUGUGUCCAGUAUGUACUAUUUUGUUUUUGUUUUGCAAGAAGAGUUGAACUAUUUUUGAUAACAAGAGUAAAUGGUGGAAAAUGCUUCUUAGUUGUCUUGUCUUUAUUUGCUUUCCAAAUUUUGGAAUUUAUUUGAUUCUUUUACAUGUUAGCAAUGUCUUAUGAAACAUGUAUUUACCCAAAGUUUGUAACAGUUUUGUGUUGAACCCAGAUGCCCUGCUAUAUAAACUUGUAAAUCUGUUCUUUAUUCACUAAUGAUACUGCAAAAAUGACUAGAAAUGAGAUUGUACACAUGGAUGAUUAGGAUAUAUUUUGCAAAUCUCCCCAGUUUUCCUAAUAUUAUGAUCUUAAAAUUCAUAAGAGUACUUUAUUGCUUCCCAAGUUUGAUGAUCUUAGUUUUGUGUUUUUUGAUGCAUGGGAGGUUGGCAAUAUAGACAAAGUGGAAAUCAUUAGUAUGUGAGGGAUUUGAUUGUUAUGUAAUAUUGCCAAUGAUGAAUUCAGGUUGUUUUUAGCACAAGUUUCUCUUUUUUAUGCUGGUAUUCUCACUGCCACAUUUUUGGAAACCUGUAUUACACCUUAAAUCUAUCAAUAAAUGAUAGUUUUCUAAUUCUA